AUGGCAAACUCUUUUAUGGGCACUCGACCAAUACUAGUGGUCUCAGACCCGGAGCUCAUUAAAGAUAUGAAUAUUAAAAACUUUCACCAUUUUGUCGAUCAUAUGGACACCAAAUCUGGCGAUCCUUUAAACGACCGGUCGUUGUUUAAUCUGAUGGGAGACGAGUGGAAAGCCAUGCGAUCUGUGAUAAGUCCGACAUUUUCAUCGGGAAAGAUGCGAGCAAUGCAUCCACUGAUCAUCGAUUGUGUCCAUCGAUUGGACCAAUACUUGGAGACAAAGGCUAUAAAUGGGGAUGAAUUGGAUGUGAAGCGAGCGAUGGGUAACCUAACUAUGGAUGUGAUCGCUUCAUGUACUAGUUAA